UUCUUCGGUGAACUGAGACACGAUGCCUGGCUGAACCCAUACCUUGGGAGCGACGGCGCGUUCCCAGUGAUGAGCGUGUACACGCUCGGGAACCCACUCAUCGCGCAGACAAUGAUCCCGCACAAUGCAGUCGCAGGAUACUAUGUCCCUCCCAAAGUCUUUGUGAUUGGUGAGCCAGACGGCAAGGGAGCUAAAGUGAUCUAUGAUCUUCCUUCGACUCUUAUUGCUGCUGGUCAAGGCGGAGAGCUGAAGAAGGCGGCUGAGGUGCUGGAUACUAAACUGGAGGCUUUAGUGAAAAAAAUUACGGCGAUGUAA